AUGAAGUACGUCCCCCUACGCGACUUCCAAGUCGUCACAGAUGCCUUGAACUUCUCGACCACCGACCUCCAUGUCAUUGGCAGUUGCGAUCUCUACACAACGAAAGCGGCCGGCAGCGACAAGAAACUGUACAAGAAUAUCGAGACUUCACUCGAGAAAGAGCAUGGAAACCUAUUACGCUUGGCCGCUUCGCUGUCACCCCCAUCGCUCCCUAUCGACAGCAGAAAGAAAGAGCGUAAGCCAUCAGUCCACAUGCCAGAGAUCAAUCUCUCUCGCGACAGCCCUUUCGGUUCCUUCAACCAAAUCAGUGCAAGACGAACAUUUGCCUAUCUAAUCGCAACCCUCAACGCCUCACACCCCGACUACGACUUCUCGCACAUUCUCCGUCCUACCGACUUCCGCAAGACAACAGGCACAUCAAUCAGAAGAAGUGUGGAUAGUACUCUUCUAAACAUGCGCCCCCGUCGCAUGUCUACUCUUCUGUCACCUCAUGCCAAAUCGUCUCUGAGUGCUGGUUCACCUCAAGGCAUUACAUCACCAAAUGCCGAGUUCGUAUGGAGCGAGCACAUGUGGAAAUUGAUAGACAUGGAGAUGGAUCUCAAGGCCUGUGAGAAAUACACAUGGGACCCCGAGGAUGACCCUUUCGAGGCCGAAAGCGCUUUGUGGAGCCAACACUACUUCUUCUUCAACAAGGACAAGAAGAGAGUUUGCUAUCUCAACUUCCGCGCAUUUAGUGUCUUGUCACACUCACCCGCCAAUGGCAUGCAUACACGCACGGUUCCCAUCACCAACCUUCCAACCCUUGGAGAGGGAGCAGGAAAGAGAGCUCAAUACUGGCUCGGUCACAGUGUCGACGACAACGACGUCGACAACUGGAGAGAAGACGAUGAUCUCGAGUUUGAGGACUCGAUGAGCAUCGACAACGACAGCAAUGAAGGCGAAUACAGAAACGAUCUCGAUGAUGUCCGCGACAAGCUCGAGGACGGUUACUACUCUUGGGCCGAUGGCACUGUUGACUCGAAUGAUGCCUCUGGCUGGGAUCCUCGUCGCAUGCACCGUGGCUCUAGUGAGGGUCCUGCUGAUGCGAUGGAGAUCUAA